AUGUAAUAGCAAAGGAAAUUUAGUACAGAUUCAAAAUAUCUGGAUUUAGACAUCGUUUAAGAAUAUAUAAAAUAAGAUUUAGAUUAAAAUGAAUAUUUUCGAUAUGAACAUGAUAUUGAUUUUGAUAUACCAGAACAAGAUGAAUUUUUUGAUUGUCUAGAUUCCAUUGAUGAGCCUCCGUAAAUUGAACGUUACAAUUAAAUUAAAUUACAUACAAUGAGAAUUGAUAGAAAAUAAAGAGUGGAUGAUGAAUUAACUUAACCUCCAGAGAAAGAAGAUUAAUUAUAAUUAUCUAUAGAAUCAAUGGAAGAAGAAUUUUAGUAUUAAGAUGAAAUUUAUGAUAUUAAACAAAUUGAAAUAGAUAAAAGAAAAGUUAUUUCUAUUUUUACACUUAAAUAAGAUUUUUUUGAUAAUCAUCAUAAUCACACUCAAUUUUUAAAGAAUGUUGAAUUACUUAGAUAAAAAAAUUAUCAUUUAGAAGAAUUCUAUACCUAUAUUAAAGAAUUAGGAUUAGGUUGUGGAUUCAGUUUGGAUUAAAUAAGAUAUGAAUUACUUCAAAUAUUCAUAUCUGGUUUAGUUGAUAUAGUUAAAUAUAUUGAUGAUGUAAAAACAUAUAUCUUAUAAUUAGAUGUUUAGAUUUUAAAGUAAAUGGUUAGAAAGGGAACCAAUUAUCACUUUAUAAAAUAUAUUUUAAGCAUUCACUUUUUAAUGGGAAAGAUUCUAAGAUUAUACAAAUGCAUUAAUUGAAAGAUCAGCUAUUAGUAAAAUUAAAACUAACAAUAAAAUUAUUGAUUAUGAAUCUUUGUAAUUUAAAAAAGGUAUUGAUUUUUGUUUAACUUAAAUUGAUGAAUAAUAAAAUGAUGGAAUUGAUUUCAAUAUAUAAUAAAGUACCUAAGAAAGUUUGAUUCUUUUUAAAGUUUUUGAAUUGUAAAAAUUGAAUGAACACUUUUUACAUAUUAGUCGAUAGAAUUAAAAAGUAAAGAGAAUUUAAAAUUACUUUGCAAAAUGCAGAUCUCGUAUUAAACUUUAUUUUCUUUUGAAAAACAAAGUUAAAUUCUAAUUCAAAACUAAACGAAAAUCUCAAAUGUCCAUACAUCAUAAUAUUACUGAAAAAUAUCUUUUUAUUGAUCCUAAUUCUAUAUCACUUGAAAAUACAGCCAAUAUUAUUGGAGAAGUUACCUAACCAAACUAAAUGAAAAUUAGAAAAUAAGGAUUUGCUUCAAAAAAUUUAAACUCAAACUUCAAUACUAUAAAAGAUUAUGAUUACUAUUAAUGA